AUGGAAAGUGAUGAAGCUGGAGCCCCGGAAGAACCGGAAAUGAGGCCAGUCAAUCAGGCAGACAUGAAUGAAGGUGAGGCUACAGAAUUAUUUUGUUUCUUCUUUGGCAUUUUUAUUUUUUUACCCUUUUCUUCAGAAAGUCCAUCAUUACAGGUUCUAUCCAGCCAUGUGACACUCCUGGUCCCAGCACACACCCGGGAGGCCUUUGUCCAUGAGGUCAGCAACGUUCAACACACACCUGCGGAGCGGUCUGAAGUCCUACAGGCCAUGGACACACUCCCACCUGAGCAGGGCAGUGACACCCUCAGCUCCCCAGCCCAAACUAUCCCCCCCAAGCAGGCUGACACCCCCAAUUCCCCAACCCAAACCGUUCUGCCUGAUCAGGCUGACACCCUCAAUUUCCCAGAAGAAACCAUCCCACCAAAAGAGGGUGACAUUCUCAAUUUCCCAGCCAAAAUCAUUCCACCCAAGCAGGCUGACACCCCCAACUCCCCAGCCGAAAUCAUUUCACCAAAGAAGGGUGACACCCCCAGUUCCCCACUCAAAACCAUCCUGUGCAAGCAGGCUGACAUCCCCAGUUCCUCAGAAAAAAAUACCUCGCCCAAGCAGGGCAAUACCCCCAAUUUUCCAGCAAAAUUCAUUUUGCCCGGGCAGGGCCACACCCACAAGCUCUCAGCCAUUCUAUCCAAGCUGUGUGACACCCUAAAGUUCUCAGCCAAAACCGUUCUGCCCAAGGAGGGUGAUGCCCCCAAGUCCUCAGCCGAAACCGUUCUGCCCAAGGAGGGUGACACCCCCAAGUCCUUAGAAGACACCAUCCAGCCAAUAGAAGGCAACCUGCAGUCAGCAGAUGAAGCCAUGGAGGUCCUGGAGGAGGACCUGGUGAAGGUGAUCCUGAGCAAGGAAGACUUCGAGGUGGCGCUGAAGGAAGCUGGGGAGAGACUGGUGGCUGUGGACUUCUCGGCCAUGUGGUGCAGGCCUUGCAGGUCAAUCAAGCCCCUUUUCCGGUCCCUGUCCAUGAAGCACAAGGAUGUGGUGUUCCUGGAAGUGGACGCUGAUGAGUGUGAGGGGCUGGCGAAAGACUGCAAUAUCGUUUGCGUCCCAACCUUUCAGUUUUAUAAAAAAGAAGAAAAGGUGGGCGAAUUUUCUGGUGCCCUUAAGGAAAAACUCGAGACAUUCAUUACAGCAUUAAAGUGA